GAAACUACCUUUUCUCUUCUCCGCAUCAGCAUCUGCUAUUAUAAAAAUGGCGUGCUUAUUUUUUCUGACCCUUGCAGCUUCAUUGGUUUAUCUCGCUUCAGGAGAUUUUGAUGUUAUUAGCCACCUGACUAGGAACAAAUGCAUGACUGACUUGGGAUGCUUUAACGCUGGUCCUCCCUUUUUUGAUUUGAUUGAGAGACCUUUGAGUUUGUUGCCAGAGGAUAGAGAAUCCAUUAACACGAAGUUUUUCCUUUACACUAGGAGUAACCACGACACACCGAGAAAUUUCAGCAACAUGGAUUUCAGCACAGAUGAUUUGCAUUUGAGCAUGUUCAGUCCAAACGCUAGAACCAAGUUUAUUGUUCCUGGUUACAUAAGCAGGACAUCAGAACAGUGGAAAAUACCACUUAAAGACGCCCUCUUGUUUACUGAAGAUUGUAAUGUAUUUCUUGUUGACUGGUCUGGAGGAGAUGGACCACUUUACGAGCAAGCUGUUGCCAAUACCAGGGUCGUUGGUGCUGAACUUGCACUUUUUAUUAAAACUUUGCAAAAGAACUUAGGAAUACAACCAGAAUCUAUACAUAUUAUUGGACACAGUUUGGGAUCCCAUAUUGCCGGCUACGCUGGUAAAAGACUCAAACGCUUAGGCAGAAUUACAGCUAUGGAUCCAGCUGGUCCUUACUUUACAAACGUGGAUCCCAUAGUACGACUGGACAGAGCAGAUGCUUUGCUGGUAGAUGCAAUACACACAAAUGCUGCAGCUACCCGGUUCCAAGGCUUUGGUCUUACCGAAAGCAUUGGUCAUUUUGAUUUCUUCCCGAACGGUGGACAUCUACAACCAGGUUGCCAAGAUAUGGGACAUGCUAUAUUAUCUUUCAUCACGAAGCAUCCUACUUUUGAUGAAGUUGGGCUAAGUGACCUACAAUGCAAUCACCGUCGGGCCAUUGAACUCUUCAAAUCAAGUAUUACUGGCCACUGUGAGCUAAUGGGAGUUUUAUGUGAUAGUUGGGAUAGUUUUAAUUCUGGAAAAUGUGGAACAUGUUCAGAUGGUGCCUUUUCCUUGCCGAUGGGAUUACAUCUUGAGCAUUUCUCUAGAUAUGCCAAUCCAAAACGUUCUCUCAAUUUUUAUCUAAACACUACAGAUUCUGAACCGUACUGCGUAUAAUAAAAUAUUUAUUCUUGUUCGGUAA